CGUCUGUUUCCUGCUUUUCAAAUGAGUACCUGUGCUGCUUUUGGACCCACCUCUGUCGACUGUGAGUGUGAUCAGGAUACAAUCUCUCGCCCGCCCGCUCUCCCACCCUCUCCCGUUAUUCCAGGACGCUGUUAGGUGAUAUUCGACUCUACCUGCCCAGGUUGCACACCUAAGUGGACUCACCUGUCCCGACGCCGAAAGACUUUUCUACCCUUUUUGCUCCAGAGCUGGAUAGAAAAUAAGGUUGAGGCAGUGUGUGGGGGUAAAAGGAGACAGAAGCGGUACACAGCUUGCGAAACGAGAAGAAAGGUGCAAGGAGGAAGGAGAAUAAGGGACCGACACCUUCCAUUUUUUUCUUCCAACUUUGAAGUUUCCUGCUUUUGAAUCUUUUAGUUGACUUCACGUCGUGAAAAGCCGCUUCUCCACAAACCUCCAUUAAGGAUAUUAGGUAUUAACUGAACAUGCCGAGGGCCUUUCUGGUGAAAAAGGCGAAUGUUUCGCCGGGAAAGCGGAACUGGAGUGAGCUCCCUGAUCAUGAACGAGGGGACGUCUACAUCCCAGUCUCCAUCUUCCCUCCAUCCCUCCUGAUGAUGGAAGCUGAAGCCAGCCCUGCCGAGACGACACCACUCUGCCUCACCAAACAAUCUCUCUCUGACACGCAAACACACGCCGAGCUGCCAUCCAGCACGAUGCUGGGCCGACCACAGAGCCCGGCGGCUUCACCGGAGGAGAGGUCAGAGGUCAGAAGGAGGUCGCAGGGUGGCCCUACAUACUUCCGAUCCAAAAUCAAGGUAACUACAGGCGAGUUACUGACCGUUUCUUCUACUCCUCCUCACUCUCCUCCUCCCUUUCCCACCCUGCCAUCCUUAACUCCAAAUGCCACUGAGAUGCCAGUUGCCUUGACGACAACCCCUGCCCCCCAGGAAGCGGUCUCCAUGGUGACCAGAUCAACAGGUCAAAGUCAGAGUUCAUCGACUGGGAUGACAGGGAUGUUUGUGUGCCAGGUUUGCCAGAAGACCUUCCACCACCAGCGUAUGUUAAACAGACAUGUCAAGUGUCACAAUGAGACCAAGAGACACCUGUGCAGCUUCUGCGGCAAAGGCUUCAACGACACCUUUGACCUCAAGAGACACGUACGCACACAUACAGGAGUCCGUCCUUACAAGUGCACCCUCUGCGACAAGGCCUUCACCCAGCGCUGCUCCUUAGAGUCCCACAUGAAGAAGAUCCACAGUGUCACCCAGAAGUACGCCUACAAGGAGCGACGCAACAAGCUGUACGUCUGCGAGGAGUGCGGCCACACCUCGGGAACUCAGGAUGAGCUGCUGAUCCACCUCCACUCGCUUCACCCCAACAGUCACCUGUUGAAGGGGAAGGCUGCGAGGAGAGCAGGAGGAGAAGGAAGAGAAGGAGGGUCAGUCGGAGGAUCAACGCCAAGCUCUCCUCAAGGAGCUGAUAGUGAUGAUACCACUGGAUCAGGAGAGCAGUAGGUUGGAGGGAAGCUCAUCAAAACGACUCAGGGGAGAUGGAUGAAGGAUGGAUGUGUUAACUGAUGGACAUAAAGGUGAAGUGACACAAGAUGGUGGAUGACAAGUCAGAUUACAUCGCAGUGGGGAAAAUUUAUGUCUGUAUAUGUGUGUAUGGAUUUGGGUAUCUGUAUAUAACACAGACUACAACGUUAAAUGAAAUAAUGCACCAACAAAGCCAAGUCUGACUAUCUGACUAACAUGUCUGACAAUACCAACAUAUUUUUCUUCAUUUGUAUUGCAUGCAAUAUUACCUGUGGGCUUCUCUGUACAACAAAAAAUAUGAAUUUUUCUAUGAAAAAAGUACUUUUUGUUUAUUAAAGGGAGUAAUAUAUUACACAAGAA